GUGACGGUCACAUGACACGGAAGCGGACCUUGGUUGUGUUUCGGCGUGGCCGUGUUUACAAGCCGCUGGUUUACACGGUGCGUGCGGCAUGCUUCCGUAAACAAACAGUGGAACGAUUCAAAUAAAGUCGUGAUGCAUUCACGGUUUGAUUUGAAGACUGUCAGAUAAGCUGCAUAAGCCUUUUUUUUCCCAGGGAAUGUCCGAGUCACCAGUAAAGGUGACUAUGAAGGGAGAUGAGGCUGUACGAGUUCCUGCAUACUUCAUAUCAAAACAUGAAGGCUUCCUCGGAAGCAUCAAAACCUUCAUCGAGGACUUUGUCGUCACUGAGAUCGACAUCAACGGACAGCAGGUGAAAACAGGACAGGUCGUGCAGACGGCUGGCUGCGCCUCCUCUGAGGAAAGCCGAUCGAGUGCAGAGUCGAAGGAGAAUCUCUACUGUUCGGGCUCACAGGAGGCUGACGUUUCUCCAGACUGGGCGGUGGGUUCGGACACCCCCCUGCCCGCCUUGGGAAGCUUUGAUUUAGACGUUAUCUUAGGCCCGUCGGUGAGUGAAGACCUGGAGCAGUUUGUGAUGACGCUGCGAGAACAAAGGCCUUCUGGUCCGGAGCUGUCGCUGGGCUCCUUCUCUGACAAGCAUCAGAGAGCCAACGUCCACCGGGCCGUCCGGCACCGCUUCCCCUUCCUCCUGACCGUCACCAUCCAGCCCGAGAUCAGGGUGAGGGAGGACCCAGACUACAGGGAGCUGGCCCGCCUGGUCAGAGAGGAGGAGGCGGAGGACUUCUUCCGGUUCAUCGACGCCAAGGUUCGAGGAUCGUCCUACACCUUUGGGCCGGACGACAGCAAGGAGCACAGGACUGCGGUGCACCACUUCCUGAACAGAAGGUUCGGGAAACUGGUGGAGACGAAAAGCUUCAGCAGCCAGGGGAGGACGUCCAUCUCGGUGAGACUGAGGGAGCACGGCAAGCCGAAGAAGAGGACAGCGGAGGAACGCAAGGAGGAAGACAUUUAUACAGCGUUCACGCUGUGCAAGGAGAACCUGGAGACUCUGGAAGCCAUCAGCUACAUGGCAGCCGCUCUCGGGGUCCUGCCGUCAGAUUUCACCUACGCCGGCAUCAAGGAUAAGAGAGCCGUCACCUACCAGUCCAUGGUGGUCAAGAAGGUCUCAUCUCAGCGGUUGAAAGAGAAAGCGGGAGAAUUUGAGAAAAGAGGGAUGCGUCUGUCUCAGAUCCGCUCCGUCGGCGAGCCUCUGAAGCUGGGGCGACUGCGGGGGAAUCACUUUGACCUGGUGGUCCGCGACCUCAGGCCACACAGAGCGUCGGAUGAGCACCUCUCCAACGCCGACGUGCACGCUCGCCUGGCAGCUCUCGUAAAGGAAGCAGUGGAGAACGUAAAGAGGAGAGGUUUUGUCAACUACUACGGGUCGCAGAGGUUUGGAAGCGGACAGAGCGUUCUGUCUGACCAAGUAGGACUGGCUCUGCUGAAGGAGGACAUGGUCAGUGCCGUACGUCUGUUCUUCUCUCCCGAGGAAAGCGAUGAUCCUCACAGCCUCGCCAAGAGACACUUCCUUCAGACAGAUAACGCUAAGGAAGCUCUGGCGCUGAUGCCGCUGUCCAAGCCCAGGGAGAGGCUGAUGCUCCGCGCCCUGAAUCGCUACGGCACCGGCCCGGACGGUUGUGUCCAAGCGUGGCUCAGCCUGCCCCACAGCAUGAGGGUUUUCUAUCCUCACGCCUACUGCAGCAGGGUGUGGAACGACGCAGCAGCACACAGGCUCUCCACUAUGGGCCACGGAGUCAGACAAGGUGACCUGGUGUGGACACAAUCGGGACAAAACAGGACAGAGGACACUGGAGAGACGACUUCUCCACAAAUCCACGUGGUGACGCUUGAAGAGGAGCAAGCGGGAGUUUACUCACUAGAUCAAGUGUUAUUACCAAUGCCAGGAAACUCUGUCAAAUAUCCAGAACACUCCAUGAGAACCUGGUACCAGGAGAGACUGGCAGGGGACGGGUUGGGCGAAUGCCGCUUCAGAGUGAGCAGCCUCAAACUGAACCUUCCGGGCUGCUACCGCCCCCUGCUGGCCGUCCCGCACAACCUCAGCUACCAGCUGCGGAGAGCGGCCUGCAGCCACGGCGCAAAGAAGCAAGAAUCCGGCACGGAGUCCCUGUCGCUCAGCUUGAACUUUGACCUGGACUCCUCCUGCUACGCCACCAUCUGCCUCCGAGAGAUCAUGAAGUGCGAUGCUUGAAAGCGAACGUUAAAGCACGUUGUAGUUAUUUUUAUUUCCCCCCUCCUUGUCGUCAGUGAUGUCGUCGUACUAUAAAGCAUGAAGAUGGUCGCAGAUGUAACAGAGCAGCAGUUUGAUAGCUCACCCUGAAAAGGCGAAGCUGACAAACACGAACUCAUUUAAAUGUAAAACUGUUGACAUUUGUCCUUUGUGCUGUUAUUAAAAAAACAAACAUAUCCAUUCAUGA